GGGGUGGGGGCGGGAGCCGAGGCUUUGCAGGGGACCAGGAGGGAGCCUGUGUCCUUCUCUAUGGCGAGGCAGGGGGAGAGGAGGCUCCCGGGGACUGGCUCGGAGGAGCGGUCCAGCAUGUUCUCCCGGCAGCACGACUGCCCUGCCGGAGCCAGCGGAGGGGUAGUACCUGGUGGGGACUGAGAGUUAGCUGGGUUCUCCGGGCCUUUUCGGUCUCCUGCCUCCUUUUUAUGUCGGUGCAAGAAGAGACCUGAGCAGGGAUUGCCCACAUGGCGGAGAAGUGGCAGGCAGGAGCUCCCCAACAACCAGAAAGUGGAGCACGGCUGGAAAUGAGGUUCCCAACUGGAAGUCACAGUCUGAGUUUGGAGGAGGGAGGGUGCCACUUCAGUGAUGUUGUAGACACUUUCACCCAAGGCUUUCCAUGUGCUCUCACCCCUACUGUUCCCAACAAGACUGUGGACUUGUUUGAGAUGAUUGAAAAAAUGCAGGGGAGUCGUCUGGAUGAACAAAGAUGUUCUCUUCCAGCUCCUCUCAAGACAGAAGAGGAAUAUAUUCCUUACCCCAGUAUCCAUGAGGUGUUACAGAAAGGGUGGCCAUAUCCCCUCAUUAUCUUACCCCAGUUUGGGGGCUACUGGAUUGAAGGGACCAGCCACAACCUCUCCAGCUUGAGUCCAGCUUUGUCUGAUGUGCCCUUUCCCUGGAGUGGUAAAGUGAAACUGGAAAGUGACCCCACAGCCAAGCUGUACCGCAAACAUUUCCUGGGCAAGGAGCACCAGAACUUCUACUCCAGUGACGUGUCCCUGGGCUGCCUGGUGCUUUCUGUGAAGUAUGAACAGAUCGAGAAGCAGGAGAGUCUGCGUCUUCUGCUGAGGACUCGGACUGGCACCAAACAUGACCUGAUCCCCAUUUCCUGUCUGAAUGAGUUUCCCAAUGCUGUCCAGAUGGCAAAGCUUCUGUGUGAGGAUGUGAAUGUGGAACGCUUCUUUCCUGUCCUCUACCCCAAGGCUUCACAGCUUAUUGUGGCAUUUGAUGAGCAUGUCAUAAGCAAUAACUUCAAAUUUGGGGUCAUCUACCAGAAACCUGGACAGACGACCGAAGAAGAAGUCUUCAGUAACACAGAAGAGAGUCUGGGGUUCCUGGAGUUCCUGGAUUUCCUUGGUGACAAGGUUCUGCUGCAGGAUUUCCAUGGAUUCCGGGGAGGCUUGGAUGUUACCAGAGGUCAAACGGGCACUGAGUCAGUCUAUACAAAUUUCCAGGGCAAGGAGAUAAUGUUUCACGUGUCUACAAAGCUGCCCUUCACAGAGGGAGAUUCCCAGCAGCUUCAGCGGAAGCGUCACAUCGGGAACGAUAUUGUGGCCAUCAUCUUCCAAGAUGAAAGCACACCUUUUGUCCCUGAUAUGAUUGCCUCUAAUUUCCUGCAUGCCUAUGUGGUAGUUCAGCUGACUCAUGGUGCCACUGGGGACACUUUUUACAAGGUUUCAGUCACAGCCCGGGAUGAUGUCCCCUUCUUUGGACCCCCUUUGCCAAAUCCAGCCAUAUUUAGAAAGAGUGCAGAGUUCCGUGAAUUCCUCCUGGUCAAGCUCAUCAACGCUGAGUACAGCUGCUAUCGAGCUGAGAAAUUUGCUAAAUUAGAGGAAAGAACCCGAAGUGCCCUUCUGGAGAGCCUAUUUGAAGAGCUGCAGCUUCGCAGCCGCAGGAUGAUGGGGUUACCCACGGGAGAGGAUGACAAGAUAGAGAACGGCAGCGGGGGCUUCCUUGAGAAUUUCAAGCGGGUGAUCAGAGGUCGCAGCCAGAGCCUGGAUGCCAUGGGGAUAUCCCUGAGGAAGCAGCAGCCAGCCACACUGCCCGGCCGCCCAGCUCCAGCUGGCCUUGCCCUCAGCCAGAGCGUCGCCGAGGGCCCUAAGGCCGUUGCUGCGUCUUUUGCCUUGCCUGGUAGGAGCCCAUCACGAUCUCGAGCCAGCCACUUCCAUGGGCGACGGAGCAGUGCCAUUGGCAUUGAGAACAUACAGGAGGAAAAGAGCAGAAACACUUCAGAGAGAAUACAGAAGAUGCUGGACACUCCAGGAACUUUAUCUGACCUGAAGUCUGAUGGAUCAUCAAGUCCCAGCUCCCCAGAGUUCCCCAUCAGGAAGAACAAACACAUCUGAGUGGGGUCAUCAACCCAAUCAGAAGUGGAUCAGAUGCUACUCAGUCAUUGGUUACCUCACUGAAGAUACUGGCAAGACUUUUGGGGUGAAAUGAGUCCUGGCCAAGAUGAGCAUGAACUUACUUAGAGGACCUCAAGGACUGUUAUAAGACUAAGUGGCACCCAGUUAAUGCUUCACUGGCAGUUCCUGGAACAGGGACCCUUAGAAAGGGUGAUGGACAGAUAGCUCCUAUUGGAACAUUUUGGCUCUAUGCCCUUCCCAUUGCCCAACUGGCAGCCACUAAACCAGCCUCUACCUCCCUUUCUCUUCUCCCAUCAUCUGAAGAAGAAGAAAACAGGUUGGCCUGCAGAAGGCAGGAACA